UAGAUCUACCUACACGUGUGUGAGUGGUAGACUCUACGUCCAGUACCAGUCUGCCUCUUCUUGGCUCGCCAAUCUGAAGCAGGGAGAUAGUUGAAAUACCACUCUCUGAUCAGUGAAGCAUGUCGGAAAGAAGAAAUUUCCCAGCUAACAGCAAAGAUGUGGCUAAAAAAGACAACGUAGAUCGUGGAACUGUAGACAGCUUUGCCUUUAUGCUGGACUAUCUUUCAUUGAAGAUUGACGACAAUCUCCGCAUCGUAAAGAAUGUCCCAUAUACUCUCGCAGGAGUUGGAGUAGUUUUGUUGCUCUGGAGAAGCAACUCGCUACGUCGCUUGAAAGGCAUCAGUGCUGUGCCGCAAAGGGUAUACCGUGAGAAUGCACGGUUGCCAGUCAAAGUGGUGGAGGUGAAUGAGACGAGUAUUGGAGUUGUGCACAUGCCUAUGCUCUAUCGUGUGUUCGGACGUGGACAGCAUCAUGAUGAAAGCAAUGUCAUGCAUAUUCGCCUAUCUGGGGUUCAAUUCCCAGAACGUCUGUUUAAUCUACCCCUUGACAGAUCCUCAUCUGGUACUAGUAACACCAGCGCGUCUGAGCCCACACCGCCUUCACCAGCAACUAGCGCUAGUAGCUCUUCGUCGUCUGAGCCAACACCAUCUUCAAGGGCCACUGACUCUGCCACACCUGAACCAACAUCACGAUCAGUAGCCACCGACUCGGUGCCCCCUGAGCCGACACCACUGUCAGCUACCACCGACUCUGCUCUGCCUGAGCCACCAAUCCGACCAUCCCCUGACUCUGAUAGCCCGGUUGCACCCAAGGAGUUUGUUCAACCUGCAAUUCCAACUGAAACCAAGUCAAGCACUACAACGGAGGACGCAGAGAAGAAACCUUCAUCCACACCAGACUCUGCUCUGCCUGAGCCACCAAUCCGACCAUCCCCUGACUCUGGUAGCCCGGUUGCACCCAAGGAGUUUGUUCAACCUGCACUUCCAACUGAAACCAAGUCAAACACUACAACGGAGGACGCAGAGAAGAAGCCUUCAUCCACACCAGACUCUGCUCUGCCUGAGCCACCGAUUCGACCAUCCACGGACUCUGAUAGCCCUCUUGCACCUACGGAGGACGCAGAGAAGGAGCCUUCAUCCAUACCAGACGUUCCCUUUCCUGCAUACCGACACUCAGAUGAUUCAUUGGAUUGGUUCCACGCUAAUAUCCUUGGCCGGACUUUGAGAAUGACGCUGCUGCAAAAGGGUGAUGAUCCCUUCGUUUUCCUUUAUCAAAGAAAGUUUUCGAAAUUGCGUCCAGUGUUCAUAAACUAUCGACUGGUGAGACUUGGCUUGGCUGAGGCUGCUCCUGUUGCAAGUCCAUUUCUGAUCAAGAGUGACCAGAGAAAGCUUACAUCCAUGAUGUUGCAGGCCGAGCAUGAAGCUGAGAGGAAGGCAGUUGGCAUGUGGAAGGAUAGCAAGCCGGCUUGGAGGAGACGCCUGCAGGCGCUUUUGUGGUGGUCACGGUGACCGUGAAGCACAGCUGGCGUAGUGCUGCUUGAGUGCGUUCUUUUGCUGUGGUCGGACGUAACAGUUUGGUUCCUUUGGUUUAUUCAAUGUCCUACACUGCUUUGAAUUAUUUUCAUCGUUGUGCUUGUUCCAAAGUGGCCACUACUUUGCUUAGCUGCAUGUAGGAUUUUGCCUUGAGGCUCGACACGUCCUCGGUAGACCGUGCGGGUGCUAUAGCGUGUUGUGUAUCUGUGAUGUACAUUGGCUGGCGGAUAUCACAAAGACAGUAUCCUUGUCGGAAGUCUUGGCAUAUUGGCAAGUGCGCAUUUCGUUUUUAGUUGAGUUGAGUGUGCGUUUGCGACGGCCUUGCUUUGCUGUACUGCCUUCACCUUGGUUUAAUUUUAAUUUUUUCAAUUUUUUAUACAAGUGUAGCGUGAGGUUUUAAAUCUAUGAUUUUGCUUUAGCUCUAUAAGUCGCUGUAUUUGACAUAUUUCCGUUAUUCCCUGUACUUACCCAUGACGAGAAGGUAACAAAAACGUUUGGUUACUAAA